AUGAUACUCGCAUGGCUCGUGGUGCUAAGUGCCAUGGUUUUAACGCUUGAGAUUCAGCGACAUUUGCUCCUUGCACGUAUUCUUGGUGCUAUUGUCAUGGUUUUAGGAUGGGGAUGUCUCUUAUCGUCUCAAUUACAGCUUCAAGCUAUUUGCUGUGCAAUUGUAUAUCAUGGUUUAAUUGAAGGGUUACGACAAUGGCAACGAAAUUUUCCAUGUGUGUUUGAAGACCAAAAAGAUCGUAAAAUUGUGCUAUGGCUUCUUUUUUGGGCUCGUGUUUACACAUGGGGUACGACAUUAGGUGGAAUUGAGGAACUUACAACAUUAAAAAAGACUCAAGAGACGUCAUUUCAAUGGCAAGAGAUUGGAAUGUUAGUAUUUUAUCAUGAAAUACUCGAAGUACUUGUCAUGUUAUAUUUUACAGAUGAAGAAUUGUCAUAUGUAUGGAAAAGACGCAUUGGUCAUUGGUUUGGUGCAUUGAUUGUAGGAAUUUUAAAGACUUGGAAACAAUUGAAUGUUGAUCAUUUUCUUAAUGGUCUCUCACCAUUAGCACUAAUUGGAAUUUUACUUAUGGUCAUGUGGCUCUCAAUUGAGAUUCGAUGGGAUCGUAUUGCUCAGAAAUAUAAUCCAACUUUGAUACAAGAGGAAGAAAUGAAGGUACGAUGGAGUUGA